AUGAAGGGUUUGUUGUACGCGGUUUGCGCGCUCGGUCUGUGCGCUCACGCGUUCGCCAGCGAAGAAGCUAAGAAGGACUCAGUCAAGGCAGCGGAACCUAAGGCGGCGGUGGCUGCGGACUCCAGCAAGGGCAAGAGACAUCUCUCGUCAUUCGGUUAUGGCGGUUAUGAGUCAGAUGGCGGUUACGAAGCAUACGGCAGUGCCAGUUACGGAAGCGCCGGUUACGGUUACGCCGCACACGACAUCGGUUACCACGGUCACGCACAGUUGUUGUCCAAGACCGUCAUCAAGGAGGUCGGACACCCUUACCCCGUGCCCGUCGAGAAGCACGUGCCAUAUCCAGUCAAGGUAGCAGUGCCCGUCGACCGCCCGUACCCAGUACAUGUUCCCCGUCCAUACGCCGUGCACGUCGAGAAACCCGUGCCAUACGCAGUCAAAGUUCCCGUGCCACAGCCGUACGCCGUCUACAAGGAGGUGCCAUACCCAGUCAAGGUGCCCGUCGACAGGCCAUACACCGUCCACGUUCCCAAGCCAUACCAAGUGGUCGUUGAGAAGCACGUCCCAUACCCAGUUGAGAAGCACGUCCCAUACCCAGUCAAGGUUCCAGUCGACCGCCCAUACCCAGUCCAUGUACCCGUCGAGAAGCAUGUCCCAUACCCAGUUGAGAAGCACGUCCCAUACCCAGUCCACAAACACGUCCCAUACACAGUCGAGAAACACGUCCCAUACCCAGUCAAGGUGCCUGUCAAGGUCGAGGUGCCAGUGGCAUACGAAGUUCCCAGCCAUGAUGAAUACCACCACGGUGGCAGCGCAUACGAAAGCAGCUCAUACGGCAACUCAUACGGACCAUCCCACGGUAGCUCUUCAUACAGCAACUCGUACGGACCUUCCUACAGCAGCGGACCAUCAUCGUACAGCAGCAGCUCUUACGGACCAUCAUCGUACAGCAGUGCUUCUUACGGACCAUCCCACGGCAUCUCGUCCUACGGCUCAUCCCACGGAUCAUCGUCUUACGGCUCUUCCCACGGCUCGUCAUCCUACGGAUCGUCUCACGGCAGCUCGUACUGA